UUCCAACCAUUACAACAUGCUUCGUAUUAACAAAGAAUCAUGGAUCCAUUUGUACUAAGUCGACUAACAACUUAGCGAACAACAUGACAACCUUGAAUUAAUUGACCAAUGGAUCAUAAUCAAGUGUAUAAAAAAAUACCUAAAGUUUCUCUUAUUUGAAACAUAUGUCUUAAUUUAUUUGGACAAAUUCUACCGAAUUUAUCACAAAAAACCUAACUUUAUCAAAAAAAAGAUACUAGACUGCUAAUGAAUAAAAUAUGCAUUAGUAAAAGAAACUCUAAAUAUAAAGAGAGCAUAGAAGUAAAUAGCAAUCUUGCUACCAAUGGGUGAAUAAUGGGGGUGUAAUAAAGUUUUAUGUGGACGCCAUAUAGAAUUUAUCUCGGAAGCAGAAAGGGGUUGAAAUUGACAACCCUAUUGGAAGCCCAUGGAGCCCAACCCAACCUCCAUGAAAAUUUUCACUUGCCCAAAAUCCUCUCUCUCAGCUCUCCACUUCCAGCAGUCCGUCACCGCUGCUCUGUUGUUCCAUUUUCCUCGAGCAGCAGAACAAAAACCCAUGAAAAGUUAGGAUUUUGGUUCGCUUAUACAAUGCGGAAAACCAUCCCCAAGCGACCCAUAUGGCUCUCUAUCCGAAAAUAUUCCAGAAUUUCUCCGCCACCUCCAGUUAACGUUAAACCAGUUAUCCGAGUUUCCAACAACGUAGCUCGGUUGGGCUGCCCAAAAGAGGGACCAAAGCCCCGACAGCUCCUGUCUUUGCCUCCAUUCCCGGGAUUCCCUUUGCCUGGAAAGAAUAUGGUCACUGUUCCUGGACGGUCUCCACAUGUCACCGCCAUUAGCUGGGUCAAGUACUACUUUUAUGGGGUUAAAGAUGAUGUCAUCCAAUCCCAUUUCAACAAGGGCCUUGUCCAUAGAGAAUGCUCAAACAUGGGUGAAUCUAUAGUUGAAAAGGAAGGCCAAAUGAAGCCCAUGAGAGAGGUAAAACCUAGUGAGGUUAUGAAGGUAGGAGACAGAGUUCAUGUACCAGUUUCAGUUGCAGAGAGUAGGAUUUCCAGGAGAUUUGAUACCAUACCAAGUGGAACACUCUACCCCAAUGCUGAUGAGAUAAAGUACUUGCAAAGGCUUGUCAAGUACAGGGACUGGGCUAUAAUUGUGCUGAACAAGCCUCCUAGAUUGCCAGUCAAGGGGCAUCUGCCAAUUCAUAACAGCAUGGAUGCAUUGGCAGCAGCGGCAUUAUCUUAUGGAUAUAAUGAGGGUCCUAAGCUGGUCCAUCGCCUAGACAGAGAGAGCAGUGGCCUCAUCAUAAUGGGCAGGACAAAAGAAAGCAUAGAUCACCUCAAUUGGCUAUUCAGCAACUAUAAAGAAGUGAAUACUCCACAUAAGGCCUGGAAUGAUGCAUGUGAAGCAACAUAUCAGAAGUACUGGGCAUUGGUCAUAGGCUCUCCCAAGGAAAAGGAGGGAUUAAUUUGCGCACCUCUUUCGAAGGUGCUUCUUGAUGAUGGGAAGACAGAAAGGGUCAUCUUGGCUCAUCAAUCAGGUUUUGAACCUUCCCAAAAAGCUAUAACUGAAUACCGUGUGCUUGGUCCAAUGAUAAAUGGAUGCUCAUGGGUUGAAUUGCGUCCACACACAAGCCGGAAGCAUCAGCUCCGUGUCCAUUGUGCUGAAGCUCUUGGAACUCCAAUUGUUGGAGACUAUAAAUAUGGGUGGUUUGUGCACCGACGAUGGAAACAAAUGCCUCGAGUUGAUAUCGAGGCAACAACUGGGAAGCCAUACAAGUUGCGCAGGCCUGACGGUCUGGAUGUUCAAAAGGGAAGUGUUCUUUCAAAAGUCCCUUUGUUACAUCUUCACUGUAGGGAGCUGGUGCUUCCCAACAUUGCUAAGUUCCUCAAGGUUUUUAAUGGAAAAUCAGAAUAUCAGAGUACUGAAGUCAGCUUAGAGCGAGAUGUCCUUCGUUUUGUGGCAUCAAUGCCUUCCCACAUGAAAAUUAGUUGGAAUCUUAUGUCAUCAUAUUUGGUAUAAGAAUUCCAACCUGCAUGAGCCUGAUCCAUGUUCCUCUAUAAAUGUUUCUGGUUGUGUACCUGUGAAUAUUAGAUAUGUAGUAUCAUUCAUUUGUGUAUAUUGUUCCAAAAAACAACCGAGAUUAAGGCCAAAUGGAUACUGUUGGUUUGAAAGGAGUUUUCAGAAUACUAAAUUGAUGGGAAUUGUAUGGUAAUUCUAAGAAUGAAUCAUUAUAUUUAUGA